CUUCGAAUAACCGACUCUUUCCUGCUCGCGCGCGUUUCUAUCGUGAUUUAAAACCAUGGCUAACGAAAUUAGCUAUGACAAUCGGAAUAUUGUGGAGAAAUACCUCAAGCAUAAACUUUCAAAGCGAGGAUAUGUGUGGAAAUGUCAGUCCUCUGCUGAGGAAGAUGACACCUUCAAUAAAGCAGUGGAGGAAUCCUCUCCAAACUCUGACAGGAGGCUUCAGGCUCCCUCAGCCGGCGGAGGGAACAACUCUGAAUGCCUGAUAGCCCGGGUCACUCGUUCAGACCCUCAUUUGAGGCUCUACCGGGUGUUACGGGAUGCUGGAGAUGAAAUAGAAAGGAUUUACCAACGCGAAUUUGAGGAAAUGUCCCAACAAAUGGUGUUCAACCCAAAUUCUGCGCAACGCAGCUUUCUAACCGUGGCCGAAGAGCUCUUUAGAGACGGAGUGAACUGGGGGCGGAUCAUUGCAUUCUUCGAGUUUGGUGGGACCAUGUGCGUGGAAAGCGUCAACCGGGAGAUGGCGUCCCAGGUAGAUAAUAUUGCACACUGGAUGACUGACUACCUGAACGGGCCACUGGAAAACUGGAUCGAGGAAAAUGGAGGUUGGGAUGCCUUCGUGGAGAUGUACGGUCAGCAGAGAGACUCUGUGUUCCACCCGUUUUCAUACCUAACAAAAGUGCUCGGCUUGGCGGCGCUGGGCUUGGCAGGAGUGACCAUCGGAGCCUUUUUUGCUCAGAAGUGACAGCCUCUGCGGUCUCCAUGCCAAUCUAUUUCACUUUCUCUGCCUGUCUCUCCUCUUCAGCUUAUCAAAGCAUCUUUCAGCGCUGCACUGCCCCGCUAAGCUCGGCUCCAGUGCCCUUCAAAGGCCGCCGCUGAUCCGAUGGCCCUCCAGCCGCGGGAGCAGCGGCGCUCAUGCUCUAUCACCCUCUCUGGAGUGAAGAAACGCAAAGAAAAAGAAUACAGAAUGAGGACUCGCAGGAGCGCUGCCACACUUUUGACUGUGAUGCUCGUCACUGCCAUGUACAGUUGCACUCGCACAGAGAUCGACACACAAAACACGUGCACACAUGCUCACAUUCUUCAUAUGGAUGCAAAAAUACAAAAAAAAAAAAACUUUUAUCUUCAAA